UUCUCAGUGAAAACCAACCAACCACUCCAACUCCGACGACUCCUCUUCCCCCCCUCUCUCUCUCUCUCUCUCCGGCGGCGGCGGCGGCGGCGAGCGGAGAGCGAGAGCGACCUCGGCCUCCGCGUACGAUCUCCGGCGGCGCGGUUCGGCUUCGGGAGGCGAGGGGAUGAGAGCGGCGGCGGCCGCGGCGGCGACCGCGGCGGCUCGGGUACGCUUCCUCGCCUCGGUCCUGCUGCUGGCGAUGGUCGUCGUCGCCGCCGCGGGCGCGUCGACGGAGGAGGAGGAGAUACGGUCGAAGCAGAGGCAGAGGCUCUCCGGGAUCAUCAUCCCGGGGUUCGCCUCCGCUCAGCUCCGGGCCUGGUCCAUCCUCGACUGCCCUUACUCGCCGCUCGAUUUCAACCCCCUCGACUUGGUCUGGCUCGACACCACCAAGCUUCUUUCUGCUGUAAACUGUUGGCUUAAAUGCAUGCUUCUAGACCCUUAUAAUCAAACAGAUCAUCCUGAAUGUAAAUCACGGCCGGAUAGUGGUCUUUCAGCAAUUACAGAACUUGAUCCUGGUUAUAUCACAGGUCCUCUUUCGUCGGUAUGGAAGGACUGGGUAAAGUGGUGCAUUGAAUUUGGUAUUGAGGCGAAUGCUAUCAUUGCUGUUCCAUAUGAUUGGAGAUUGUCACCAUCGAUGCUUGAGGAGAGAGAUCUCUACUUUCACAAGCUGAAGCUGACGUUUGAGACUGCACUAAAACUUCGUGGAGGUCCCUCAUUAGUUUUUGCACAUUCCUUGGGUAAUAAUGUUUUCCGCUACUUCCUGGAAUGGUUAAAGCUAGAAAUUGCUCCAAAACAGUAUCUUCAGUGGCUUGAUGAACACAUACAUGCCUAUUUCGCUGUCGGGGCUCCGCUUCUUGGAUCAACUCAGACAAUUGAGGCAACACUUUCUGGAUAUACAUUCGGUCUUCCUAUUUCUGAGGGGACGGCCAGAUUGUUGUUCAAUUCAUUUGCUUCUUCUCUGUGGAUGAUGCCAUUUUCAAAGUAUUGUCAGACGGAUAAGGUAUACUGGAAGCAUUUUUCUAUGGGAAGCAGCAGAGGUCAUCAUGUCUAUCAAUGUGAUGAACAAGAAUAUCGAUCAAACUAUUCUGGAUGGCCGACAAAUAUAAUAAACAUUGAAAUUCCCUCCAACCGUGGAGUUGAUGCCUACCCAUCAGUUUCAGACAUUGCCGAUGUCAAUUUGUCAAAUAUGGAAUGUGGCCUUCCUACUCAGCUAUCCUUUUCAGCCAGGGAAAUAUCAGAUGGGACCUUCUUCAAAGCAAUUGAGGAUUAUGAUCCAGAUAGCAAGAGACUUUUGCACCAAUUGCAAAAGUCAUAUCAUGGUGAUCCUGUUUUAAAUCCAUUUACACCUUGGGAGAGGCCACCUAUAAAGAAUGUCUUUUGUAUCUAUGGGAUAGAUUCCAAGACUGAGGUUGGUUACUAUUUUGCACCAAGUGGAAAACCUUACCCUGAUAACUGGAUCAUCACUGAUGUCAUUUAUGAAUUUGAAGGAUCGUUGCUGUCAAGGUCGGGGAAUCAGGUCGAGGGGAAUCCAGGAGCUACAAGUGGUGAUGAGACGGUAUCAUACUAUUCUCUCUCUUCGUGCAAGAAUUGGCUUGGUCACAGAAUAAACAUUACAAGAGCACCUCAGUCUGAGCAUGAUGGUUCAGAUGUCCAAGUGGAAUUGAAUGUGGAGCAUCAUUAUGAUGAAGAUAUUGUUCCAAACAUGACAAGAUCUCCUAGGGUCAAAUACAUAACCUAUUAUGAAGAUGGUGAAAGCAUUCCAGGAAGGACAACAGCAGUCUGGGAGCUUGAUAAAGCAAAUCACAGGAAUAUCGUGAGGUCCCCAGUAUUAAUGAGGGAAGUUUGGCUUCAGAUGUGGCAUGAUAUCCAUCCUGAAGCAAAAACAAAAUUUGUUACAAAGGCUAAGCGUGGACCUCUGAGGGACAAUGACUGUUACUGGGACUAUGGGAAAGCUCGGUGUGCAUGGUCCAAAUAUUGCGAAUACAGGUAUGUUUUUGGGGACGUUCAUCUUGGACAGAGCUGUAGACUAAAGAAUUCCUCCUCGGAUCUUCUAUUGCAUUAUGUGUAGAUAAGAGGUUUUUGUCAGUUGAUAUACUCGCCAGCUCAUACUGUCCGGUAUGCUCUGGAUGGAUUCUUUCCAAUUGCUUCUUUCAUAUGCUGCACGAGGAGGGCCGCGUUUGCAACUUGGAUAAAAUCCCAUUUGUUCAUCCGAGUGAUCCCUAGAUUUUCUCUUUGGCAAUGGCUACCAUAUAUCGUACUAGUGUUUUCAAAAGCCGAUUGGCGCUUGGCAGUGUGCCAAUGUACCUUACAAUGGGGUCUAGGUAAUAGGCAUUAAACCCCGAUUAGCAUAGCUGCAUAGGCCCGAGGGACAGGCGUAGGAAGAUCUCUAUAACCGUGAGCUAAUGUCUGUCAGCUUAGCUUUUUGUAAUGAAUAAAAAGGGGAUGUCUCCAAUUCUUUGCUCAGUUUUAGCUAUUACUUUGUUCAAUACAAUUCAUAAUUGACAUUGAUCGUGCAA